AUGUACUCCCAAAAAGUUAAACACCCAUUUGGAGGAUUUAGCAAGUUUUAUUUGGCAAUUGUUACUUUUCUUGUUAUAUCUUUAUGGAUAUUGUCACUUUUCAAUAACAGUUGGCAAAAUUAUGUAUAUGAAACUAAAGGUCUGGGAUAUAUCAAUUUUACCCUAUCACUUAGAGGAUUUUCCAUUAAAUCGAGAUGCAAUAGAACAAGAUAUUUAUGGUCACCAAGCUUUAAUAGUUCCUCCCAGAAUCGUUUAUCCAAAAAUAUUGUAUCUGGCGUCAGUUUAGAAGAGUUUGUUUGUAGUAGAUUAAAUUAUUUUAAUGUAAGUACUUUUGGAGAAGCUGCAGCAGCUAUAUGCUCUAUUGAUAAAUAUCAAUUUCCAAAUGCUCAGACUGCAUGUUAUAACUUCAGAAUGCUUAAUAUUGGAUCAUUAACAAUGAUUGCAGGAAUUAUUGGUUGCCUUGUAUGUGUAAUCUUUGGAUUUAUAACAUUCGUCCUCUCCUAUAGGAAUCUAUCAAUUCCACUUACUUAUGCUUAUACCACUUUAUUUGGCUGCUCAAAUCUUAUUGCAAUGAUCACUUUACCAAUAUAUUAUGUAAAUGCUGGUGGAUCUUGGAUUGCUAUUAACUCUUUUUUUAGUGUAAUACACUUUGGAUACCCGCAAUUCACAUUUAGAUCACCAUCUGUAUCUGAUAUUCAAUUCUUUUGGGGAUACUCACUUGCCAUUCUUGCUUUUCUAACAUCUAUCCUAUUACCAUUAUUUGGAUGUUAUUUUGCCUCGUUGGCAAGUAGUUACCAUGAACUGCUUGAAAAGGAAUCUAAAGAACAUCAAAAAUUUAUACAACAAUAUAAUAACAUUUACUGA